AUGCCUUUCCACACCACCCCCUCUUUCAUACAAGACCACUUCGAAAUCCUCCGCAUCCGCGCCUCAACAACUGUAGACCCAAGCGCCGUCACUGGAACAACAUGCACCGGUGGCACUGCCACCAUAGUCGCGCACGACCAAAAUGUCGCCGAACUAGGAAUCUGCGGCGGCAUAGCCGGCACGAUCGUCAAAUGCGGUGGUGCCCCAACAUCUACCACGGGAUCGAGCGGAACCGCGCUGUUUACGCUCAAGGCCGUAGAUGCGGGCGCGACUAUUAAUGUUAGUAAGGGCCGUUGGGAGGGCUGUGUGCGUGCAGCGGCUGCGACAUGUCCGACGGGGGGGUUUAGUAGUACGUGUGUGGGGGGUGCGUCGACGGGCAAUGUGGCGUUUACGUUGAGUGCGCAGUAG